AUGAGCGUGGUACAAAUUGGUGGCGAGGCUAAAUUGCGUUGCUCAAGUAGUGUGGUACGCAGGACGUAUGCUGCCUUCUGGACCGUUGCUUCCAAUACCCUCGGCGGAGCGCGCGCGACUGCGGCUGUCAGUUUGCACUGCUGCAUGCUGCGCCCGACGAUAACCACGGCAGCUAGCGGAGCCCAGCCCGCGCUAGGACGCGGGCUUGCUCCCUCUGCAAAUGCCGGUGCGGUUGCGAUCACCAAGACGUGCAGUACUAAAUUAGUUAAUGAAGCUAUGAGAUCCACAACAAAGCACAUGCGUUGGUCCCACACACACACACAGAGCCUGGAGUGUGAAGAGCACCUGCUCUCACGGUGUACUCGACCACGAGUAAACUCCGCCAUAUUUGUAUCAGCCGAACCCACCGGCUUCGGGGCGUUUGAUCCUGGGGAAUUUCUACGGCGACACGGCUCGCAAUCGAAGCUGUGUAGAAAAGCUAGAUCGGCAGAUAACAUACCUCUUACAAGCAUGACAGAUUCGUCAGAAAGACUGUGCAAAGGAAGAGCACCGCGAGAGGAAACAAUAAGCGAAGAAGGGAAAUCAGAUGACAGCGGAAGUGUCGAGACGGUCAAACAUUUCGGACUACCGAUUCUCUCCGUAUCUGGUCCUUCACCCCCCGACGAGGACUACGACCAGAUAGAUGAGUACCUGUAG